CUUUUUCCAAAAAAAGCAAAACAACUCUCAAAUGUGGAGUGGGCGGCACUCCGAAUGGGCAUCACUCUGCUGACAGUUAACACUGCUCCCUCCUUUUCCUCUACAAUUCUGCAGAGUAACCUGAUCCAUUCCCUGGGGCUGAGCCACCACCUGAUUGCACUGAAUUUUAUCAUCCUUUCCUUUGGCAAGAAAAGCGCACAGUCCUCUGCACACGUGAAGGUGACGGACACGGACUUCGAUGGGGUGGAGGUCCGAGUGUUUGAAGGCUCUCCAAAACCCAAUGAGCCACUGAGACGCAGUGUGGUCUACAUCCACGGUGGAGGCUGGGCCUUGGCAAGUGCAAAAAUCAGCUAUUAUGAUGAACUGUGCACCACAAUGGCAGAAGAACUGAAUGCCGUCAUCGUCUCCAUCGAGUACAGGCUAGUUCCACAGGUUUACUUUCCAGAGCAAAUUUAUGAUGUGAUGCGUGCCACAAAAUACUUCCUGAAGCCAGAAGUCUUAGAGAAGUACAAGGUUGAUCCAGGCCGAAUCGGCGUCUCUGGUGACAGUGCUGGUGGGAAUUUGGCUGCUGCCCUUGGACAACAGUUUACGUAUGUUGACAGCCUAAGAAGUAAGCUCAAACUGCAAGCUUUAAUCUACCCAGUCCUCCAAGCUUUGGAUUUCAACACACCCUCUUACCAGCAAAACAAGAAUACCCCAAUCCUGCCCCGCCACGUCAUGGUCAAGUACUGGGUGGACUACUUCAAAGGCAACUAUGACUUCGUGCAGGCGAUGAUCGUGAACAAUCACACCGCACUCGAUGUGGAUAGGGCUACCGCCCUCAGGGCCCGUCUCAACUGGACAUCUCUGUUGCCCGAGUCCAUCACAAAGAGCUACAAGCCUGUCAUGCAGACCACGGGCGAUGCCAGGAUCGUCCAGGAGAUCCCUCAGCUGCUGGAAGCCUCUUCCUCCCCACUCAUUGCAGACCAGGAGAUGCUUCAGUACCUCCCGAAGACUUACAUCCUCACCUGUGAGCACGAUGUGCUCCGAGACGAUGGGAUCAUGUACGCCAAGCGCUUGGAGAGGGCUGGUGUGGAUGUGACCCUGGACCACUUCGAGGAUGGCUUCCAUGGGUGCAUGAUUUUCACAAGCUGGCCUACCAACUUCUCUGUGGGAAUCCGGACUAGGAAUAGUUACAUCAAAUGGCUGGAUCAAAAUCUGUGAAGGAGCAAGCUCAUUGGGCGUCUGAACUCUCCUGAUUUCCUGUGUUUUUGCUUUGGAAAGAUGUACUUUGCCAUCAUCCACGAUCCCCAACUCCCCACCCUCAUUUUGGUUUUUGGAAUCUGUACCCUACAGACUUUAUGAUAAUCAUCAGAACUUGGUUCCCAAACUGGGCCAUUCUGUUUCCUCUUUACCGUAGCCCAGGGCAGUGAAUGACCACAGUUGGAAAAGGAGGGCGGAGCUAGACAGAGCUUCCCAUCCUGCCUCCCUGUUCCUAUCAGAAGCAGAUUUUACAGCUGUGGGUGAGGUAGUAACUUUCAAGGAACUAAGAAAACAUGAGCUCUUCUUCAACUCACUCAAGCUGACUUUGGGUGCAGAGUGGGGCUCAAUGCCUUUCUUGCUUGAGCGUGUAGAUUUUAUGAGACAGAUAAGUUUAGUUGGGUUGAAAAGGUACUUGAAAGUUACUUUCUACUAUUACUAGAAAAUAUGAAGCUGCACAUACUGGAUAUCUAUUUAAGAAAACCUUUUGAGAACACACAUUUAGAUUUAGAGUAAAUUUCCUAUUAUGAAAUAAUAAGGACAGUGAAACAG